AGUCCCAACGCGAUUUGGACGACAACGAAUAUUCUGUUUUCUGCUGCUGUCGACUUUUUGCCAGUUGCCAGUUUAGAUGUUGUAGCGGCGUUCUGCCAACUCUUUCAAGUCUUUCAUUUCCUUCCCUGCGGGCCCGAGUGACAGCUCGUUUGGCGUUGUAGGGUUCUGAGGGAGAAAGAUCUUGGUUGAUUCGGGCCGAGGUGUUUGCCGUGCACCAUGCAGACCAUAAAAUGUGUGGUCGUUGGAGACGGUGCUGUGGGUAAAACUUGCUUACUUAUUUCGUACACCACGAACAAGUUCCCCAGCGAAUAUGUACCAACGGUGUUCGAUAACUAUGCUGUCACUGUAAUGAUCGGUGGAGAGCCUUACACUCUCGGUCUCUUUGAUACAGCUGGUCAGGAAGAUUACGAUCGUCUGAGACCCCUGUCUUACCCCCAAACUGAUGUUUUCUUGGUGUGCUUCUCUGUCAUUUCUCCAUCGUCGUUCGAGAACGUCAAAGAGAAGUGGGUCCCUGAGAUCACCCAUCACUGUCCCAAAACACCAUUCCUUCUAGUCGGCACCCAGGUGGAUUUGCGUGAUGAUGCUAGCACAACAGAAAAACUGGCCAAGAACAAGCAAAAACCAAUCACGGUCGAGGCAGCGGAAAAACUGGCAAGAGAACUGCGCGCAGUCAAGUAUGUUGAGUGCUCAGCUCUGACGCAGAGGGGUCUGAAGAAUGUAUUCGAUGAGGCCAUUCUUGCGGCGCUCGAGCCUCCGGAGGCACCAAAGAAGAGAAAGUGUGUUCUAUUGUAAAGCUUGUGACGCGUAACAAUAGUUUUGCCAUGAUAUUUCGGUUGCCGCUGGUGAGUGAUGCUGGCCUACUGCAUUUGUAUAUGAUUUUGCACAAAAGACAUCACGCUGUUGACAUGAUCUAUAUCCAUCCUUCCCCGCCCUGUCUAAUUGUUAUUGCUCAGCUAUCUUUUCUCUCCUCCCGUCUUUGAUAUCUCUCCUUCCUUCUUUCUGGCCCUGUCACUUUUGUUUUUUAUUACCGGUGCUGCUUUGUUAUUUUAUGUGCGUAAUAGGAGGGAACUCAUUAAUUAUUAUCUUUCCGUUUUCUAUUGUUAUACUAUGUAGUUGCAGUAAGUUAUUUGCUGGACAUAGGUGUUGACGGUUUAUGGUGUUUUUUUUUCUUUGAUAGGUUUUUUCCGUUUCUUUCCUGCGCACAUCAGACAAUAAUUCUACGCUUUUGUUCCAUUAAUGCGGUUAUCAUCUGUUAAAAUAUACAUCUUCCGGGAACGUGCUGAUCUUUCGGCACAUAAGACCAAAAAAUCAA